AUGCUUUUUAGAGCCACACGUCUUUCGGCCGCAGGCCCUGUCCAGGAUCAGAGCAAUGCGCCCGGUGGCGGAUCACUGGUGACCAUCAUAGACCCUGAGGGGUUUCCUUUCAACGUGAUCUUUGGGCAAGAGCCAACCAACCUUGAGGUGAUCCAUCCUGAGAAAGUUGUCCUGAACUAUGCCGGCGAGAAGUUGCGACGACAUCUCCUCUAUGUCGAGAAGGAUGGCCAGAAAGUGAUCGUGACCAUGUUCGCACACAUUGAUCUCGGUGAGACACUCGUGGACCACCAUUCAAUCUUCUUCAGCGCAAAUCCCAAGGGCGUGCAUGUCCACCACUGCUCAUUCGAGGUGCAUGAUUUUGAUACCCAGCAUUUGGGUCACCAGUGGCUUUCUCGGAAAGGGUACAGUUCGGUCUGGGGUGUUGGCCGACAUGUCCUAGGAUCCCAAAUCUUUGAUUAUUGGUGGGACACUACCGGCAAUAUGGUGGAACAUUACGCGGAUGGUGACUUGGUCAACAAGGAUACGCCGGUCGGAUAUGUACAGGCGGGGAGUGAAUCAUUAGCCGUGUGGGGACCCGAAGUGCCUACAAUUUUCCUAGAAUAG